AUGUGUGGAACUCAUGCACCCAUAUGGGUACCAUUCGAUUCAACCCCUAUCAAAGUAAAAGCUGCUAUCACUGUGGUGCAAGUAUUUUUUGCCAACUACCAAUGGGUAGCAGGACUAACUCCCUGCUUCCUUUGCCUGGAAUGUACCGAAUUCUUGAUCUCGCAUCUGGAUGCGGUGAAGGACACUUUCAUGGGAGCCUUCAAUCUGAAAGACGAUGAACUAAUACAAAGUCCCGAAUCUCGCGAAAUCCCCCCCGCCCGCACCGGCAACGUCGCUCAAUCUCCCGACUCGCCGCCACUCCGACCCCCACAGAGCAUGGAAAGCAGUUAUUUUCGGACUAGAGCGUACAAAAGACGUUCCCGUUCUCUCCAGCCCGGACAAUGUCGGACACGGUAUCGCGUGCCCCGUCCGCUAGCGGGCCGACCCCCCAGUGAAAGGCCAUCGUGGGUUGUUUGGUCGAACGGCCUUGGACUCAUUCCCAAUUGCAUCCCGCUCAACGAAGGAUACCCCGCUGGAACGAUGUGUUGGAUAGGACCAAGCUCCCACCCCCACCCGCUCCCACAUACCAAACUGGCCCACCAGUUCUGGAUAUCGUACCCGCCGCCGGGUGCCGGCAGCUCGACCGGCGCCAAGGACAAGGAGAAGGGUCCGCCCACCGAGGAGGAGAAGAGGACGGCGGCGGCGGCGACGAGAGAGCAACGGCUUUUGGAGUACGACAUCGCCGUCAAGGUGAGAGUUUGA